UACAGGAUGAAGCUUCCGGCCAUGUGGGAAUUUCUCCUAAUAGUGGCUCACGGUUGAAUCUGCGUGUUGGUUGAGGACGUUAGUUCAAACGUGCAUCCGGGCAGCUUCAUCAGACGUGGCGAGCAGAAGCCUGGUAGGAGACAAAAAGUCAUCCAAUCUGUGCAGCCUUGAGGAUUGGAGAAGCUUUACUCCGCUUUCCUUGCCAGCGGAGUUGCUCAAAAUUUUGCAGAAGGAGUGAGAAACUGCAACUUUUUCUGCUUUUUUUAUCGAUUUCCCAGAAGAUGCUGAGUUUAUCUUUGGUGAAGAAGAAAAGGCUUUGAUGAGAUCUUCACGUGAUUAUCCCUGCUGAGGACCAGGAGCCGUUUCCAGUAAUUCAUCCUUCUGUGAAAAAGCUCUGAACAGCACCAACGAGGCGCCUAAGCUGCUCUGUCAAAUGGACACUGAUGCUGAACAGCUGUUGCUUUUCACCAUCUCAUCUCGGAGAGAAAAACGGACCGUUCAGGAGCUAUACAGCGCACGACAACGAUGCUGAAAAACUUGUUUGCAUCAAAGCACCUCGUACUUAGCAACUGAUGAGGAUGAGAGACGGUGUGAUGACCUACCUGUAUUUGGCAAGUGUGUUUUUCACCUCGUUGGAGAGAGGAGCACAGAGGAAAAAAAGUCAGCGAGAGGGAGCAGGGGAGGGGAAGAGCAAGCCAGCGAGGGAAGGUGUGAAGCCAACGCUUUGAAACAGAGAGAAGACGAACAGAGCUGAGAAAGACAGGGAGAAGAAACUGUGACAACUCUGCCAGACUGAAGGAGUAAAAGGAAGAACAGAGCGGAUCAAAGAGCUGGCCGUGCGCCCAUUUAGGAUCGUGUUUUGUCAAAGCCAUACAGGGAAGCCUCUUAAUGGAUCCACAAAAGUGUGCCUCCCUCUGACCUGUCAACUGCAACACAGACAUAACAACAUGGAUGUAGAUCCUGCAAACAGCACUUUUACCAACGCAUCACAGGUGGCUCCCUUCAACGUCUGGGAGGUCAUAACCAUCGCUACAGUGUCGGCCAUUGUCAGCUUGAUAACUAUCGUGGGUAACGUGCUGGUGUUGCUGUCUUUCAAAGUCAACAGCCAGCUGAAGACUGUUAACAACUACUACCUGCUGAGUUUGGCGUUCGCUGACCUCAUCAUCGGAGUGUUGUCCAUGAACUUAUACACCACGUACAUCCUGAUGGGUUACUGGUCCUUGGGGAACCUCGCAUGUGAUCUCUGGCUGGCAGUGGAUUAUGUAGCCAGCAAUGCCUCAGUUAUGAACUUACUUGUCAUCAGCUUCGACAGGUACUUCUCCAUCACGAGGCCGCUGACGUACAGGGCUAAAAGGACUCCAAAGAGAGCUGCCAUCAUGAUCGGCCUCGCUUGGUUGGUGUCUUUUGUCCUCUGGGCGCCGCCCAUUCUGUGCUGGCAGUACUUUGUAGGGGAGAGAAACGUGCCUCCUGACCAGUGCCAGAUCCAGUUUUUAACAGAGCCUGUGAUCACAUUUGGCACAGCCAUCGCUGCUUUCUACAUCCCUGUCUCCGUUAUGACCAUCCUUUACUGUAGGAUCUACAAGGAGACGCAGAAACGGACCAAAGAUCUGGCAGAGCUGCAAGGGCUCGCGACAGAGAAUGUUCUCGAGGGGACUAAACCACAGAAAACUAUCAUUCAUUCUUGCUUUCAUUUCACCAGAGAGAGGAGGGACCGCAGUCAGGCCUCCUGGUCCUCAUCUAAUCAAAGUAAUGCCACUAAAACUACCACUAGAUCAGACGAGGCAUGGGCGAAGGCAGAUCAGAUCACUUCCUUUAACAGCUACUCCUCGUCUGAAGAGGAGGAGCAGCAUGUUUCAAUAGAAACUCCACAGGGAUCUUUCAAAGAGCAAGGCAGUGGAGAAAAUAACAAGAACGGGCAGGUGAAUGAUUACACAGAAGAUCUGUAUUUUUCCACUCCUAAGAAGAAGAGCAGUAAAAAACGCAUCUCUUAUAAAUUCAAACCUGGCUCAAAGGGUAAAAACGGCAAACCUACGACUGCCACGCCCUGCCUGCCUGAAGCAGAGCCGCCCGCCAAAAACACCUCCCCUUCCUCCUCCACCACCUCCAAACCCAUCGACCCCGUCCUGAAGAACCAGAUCACCAAGAGGAAAAGGAUGGUGCUGGUGAAGGAGAAGAAGGCAGCCCAGACUCUCAGCGCCAUCCUCCUGGCCUUCAUCCUCACAUGGACGCCAUACAACAUCAUGGUGCUCAUCUCCACCUUCUGUGCAGAGUGCAUCCCCACGUCCCUGUGGCACCUGGGCUACUGGCUGUGCUACGUCAACAGCACCAUCAACCCCAUGUGCUACGCCCUCUGCAACAAGACCUUUCAGAAGACCUUCCGCAUGCUGCUGCUCUGCCAGUGGAGGAGGAGGAGGAGAGGCGAAGACAAGCUGUACUGGUGUGGACAAAACCCAAACGUCAACAAUAAAAUGACUUGAUGUGGCGGACCGCAGUGUUAGAGCAGACUUAUUGCUUUUGCCCACGUUUGGAUUUUCUUGAUAUAUACUGUAGUCAGUGUCAUCUUCAGCAUGAAGUGCUGCAUGUGAUUUUUGUGUUAAAGUGUUGGUAAAAAAUGAGCUGAGCCUGAUGCAGCACUUGAACUGCUGUCACAGAUUAUUACAGAAAAGAAACUUCAUCAAGACGGCGACACACUUACAAAGGUUAAAGGUUAAAGGUUAAAGAACAGGUUCAGAUAAUUCAACAAGUCUAUCUUAAAGGAGAACUUCACUGAUUUUACGCGUUAAAGGAGUUGUGUAUGAAUAUUAGAGCAUUAAUAUAGCAGUAAACAACUAUUUGUUGUGUAAGGAUAUAGUGGAAUAAUGGCGUCCUGAGCAGAGAAUAAAGUCACGCCACCUCUCGUGUGUUGUAAUACGAGCUUCUCUGCCCACCCAGCUGCGUGAGUCCCUCCCUUUAUGUCCAGGCUCCCAGCAACGCUGCUCCACCAGCAGCCAAUUUUCCCCAGUGGCCACUCACAGUAUUGCAGCAAAAAAAAUCCCCAGUGGCUCAAAGAGCAUUCUCCCCAUAGGCCACCAUUAUAAAAGAGAUGUUUGUAAAGGUGUUGACAGGACACCUUGAACUGCAAUCAAGGUCAGUACUGACUCUUUUUAUUAUCAAUUUUUUAUCCAUGGAGGUUUUAUGUUUGUAAAAUUUUCCAGCAGCUGAGAAAAGCGAUUUACAAACCCUUGACAAUAUCACAAUGUAAAAUCUAUGAGGUGAGCAGGAACUUGCAGGCAGGGCUAGCGGGAGAAACACGGAGGAUAUUCAGUGGGCCCAAUACCGUAGACGUAAACUUGGAAAGUAGAAACUUUUUUUGGCGCAUGUGUCAGGCGAGCACUUCAAUUGGAAUGAACAGGCGGCACCUUAGCAUUUGGUAUCAAGGUGUUAUUAUAAAUCUAUGUACAUGUCCCACUGGCUAGCUAAUUGCAGUCGCUCUGCGCUACGCUCAUAAUGCGGUUACUAUUGACAAUGCUAUCUUGACCCACGGUGGCUGGACAGGGUUGUAGCAGAAGCUUAGCAACUGCCCUCUGGUUCCACCACAGGUCAACACCAUUAGCUUUGUCAACACUGUUGCUAUUGUAGCACUGUUUGCACUGUUAGCUGCUAGCCAUCUGCUCAGCCAUUGCCAUGUUGAGAGCCAUGUGUAGGCAAUCACGACCAUACUUUGAAUUAUAAAUAUGCCCUGAAUGUUGUAUGGAGUUUCUUUAAAGUCUGUUGACAGGUGUUGGGGAGUACGACUGAAUGUGAAAAAAAAUGUAUAAAGCUUUGUAGCUCCAGAGCUGCACAGUCUGAUAUACUGACUCAAGUGAUGUCACUUGAGUCAGCAUCAGUUGGGGCUGAAGACAUGUUUGAAAAUUAAAAAACCCUGAAGGUUAGAGGUUAGAAACAAGUCAGUCCUCUAUAGCUCUUCAUCUCUGUGUGAUGCUAAAUUAGCCACUACUAGCAUAACACACCCAAAUCUACAACCUAACUGUCGCAGUUGAGUUGCAUUGUGGGUAAUGUCUGCGCCAGGUUUUUACAAAGAAGAAGUGUGUUACAGAGACAACACUGGUUCUGCUGCGUCAGUUUUGAACCUGUCCAUUAUGAGUCUAAAAUUAUCUAAGCAGUGCAACACUACAUCAGUGGAAUAUUCCUUUAUUACACAUGCUAACAUGUAUUAUAUUGAAAGAGUUAAUGAUUCCUCCUCUCCAUACUGGUGGUAAAGUCGUCUUCUCCAGCUGCGGCAUGACUCCAAUGUAAAAAUAUUUUCACGUUCAUAGAUUCUGUAAUUCUUUUAAUGAGGAAGAAGCAGAUAUAAUUCUAAUUAUAUUUAUACCUGUCAGUCACUGUGCAUUAUUGUGGUAAAAUCAUAUCUAAAACAAAUUAUUAUCCAAUGCAGAGUAUUUUAAUUUGUCUUAUUAGA